GUACUGACCUCAAGGAAUCAAUGUGCCAAAACCUUUUGUAAAAUUGAUACAGGCUAAUCAGACACGUAAGCCUAUCCUUUCUUUAUCUUCAGGGUGUGCAAGCAAAACAGAAUACCAACCCAAACAUUUUCCAACGGUCACCCUAUGUUUGAAACCGAAACAUUUAUCGUUGGCAUCUUUUCCUGUAGGUGCAUAACAGAACCAGAGAGAGGUAUGGCACACACAGGCCCCGGACCCAGUGCUUGAGAAGGAGAUGGACACUUCCUCUGGCGAGGACAAGCCAGAGUGCUUCAUCUGUUUCAACACCUACGACAAUGUCUUCAAGACGCCCAAGCUGCUGGACUGCACCCACACCUUCUGCCUGGAGUGUGUCACCCGGGUCAUGGCCGUGUCUGUGGAACAGGAAAGAGGCCAGAUCCCUUGCCCCCUCUGCAGGCAUCCCACCUAUCCGCGCCAGUGCCCCCCCAGCCCUCCUCAAAGGUCUGGAGGUGCUGGGCCGGCUGCCCACCCACCUGCAGCAGGAGGAGAGGGUGUGGCUGGAUGGGAAGAAGCUGUGUUACUCCAACCCCGGCAGCCCUGAC